ACAAACUUCUUUGCAUUAUUUAACAUGUCUUCAAAGAAGUGGCGUAGAACUGGACAGCCAGAUGUGUACCUUGAUAAAGAUGAUGAGUUUACACCGAUGAUCGUCACCGUGUAUAACUCGGACACAGUGGUCAGUCCAGUAAAGUCCCCUUGCUCCCUCCGUGAUAAGAGAGUGGACAGCCAGGCUGAAGAGAUGGAGGGGGAAAUGAGUUCUGAUGGAGAUUUUCUGUCCUCUUCUGAUGAGUACCAGCCUGAAUCUGAGGAGGAGUAUUUGGAUUCUGAAAGUGACUUUUGGGAGGAGAGUGAGGACAGUGAACCAGAAGAGAUCAAGGUGGAAAUGAAUAUAGGUCAGGGUUGCCUUGAAAUAGGAGACGAAGUGAUGUAUCCUUCAAAGUCAAGAAAGUCAGUUACAACACCAGAAAUAACUAAGGAUUCAUCACCCAGUGUUAAAAAGAUUGAAAAGCAGAGACCAGCACGUAUGUGUGUAUUUUGUAACAAAGUAAUAGUUGGUGGAAGACUCAAGAAUCACAUAAUGCGUCAUCAGAAUACGCAUAAUGAAGUGAAAGAAAUUCUACAACAGCCCUCGGAGGUCCAGGUAAAAUGGUUCAACCAGAAACGAAUUGAGGGAAUCUACCAGUAUAACCUCAAACAUUUGAACUUUGGAGAUGAUCAACUUAUGCGAGAGAGAAGACCCAAAAAGCAAGACAGUUUGCGCAUGUGCAAUGAAUGUAAAAGAUUUUACUCCCAUAGAACAUUUUUCCGACACAGGAUGAGAUGUUGCCCUAAAGAAAAUCAGCAGGAAGAGGUUUCAUCAUGUUCAUCUAAUGUGAAGAAGAUUGAGAAUCGAAGACCAGCACGUAUGUGUGUAUUUUGUAAGAAAGUUUUGAAUGGUAAGAGACUAAGAGAUCACAUUAAAAUUCAUAAGAAAACCCACGAAGAAGUAAGAGAAAUUCUACAACAGCCCUUAGAAACCCAGAACAAAUGGUUUGAGCAGAAACGAAUAGAGGGAAUCUACCAGUAUAACCUCAAACAUUUAGAUGCAGCAGAUGAUCAACUCAUGCGAGAGAGACAAUCCAAAAGACCACAUAGCUUACGUAUGUGCACAGAGUGUAAAAAAUUCUUCUCAAGUCGUACUUUUUAUCGCCACAAGUCACAGUGUGGUACAAGAAGCCAAGGACUUAAGAAAGAACAGCUGAGACCUGUAGGUGCUGAUAUGGAUGAAAACUUUGUUACUGGAAUUUUGUAUCAAUUUCGAGAUGGGGAGGUAGGAAGCUUGAUAAGACAGAAUAAAAUCAUUCAGAUGAUAGGAUAUAAACAGUUCUUGUCGGGUAAAAGGGAAGAUGGUAUACCAAAGCAUCUCAGACUGGAAAUAAUGACUAACAUGAGGACACUGGCCCGACUGUUUCUGUGUUUUAAAUCCUUAAUGACAGGAUCAGAGGUAUCUGUGGAGGACAUGUACAAACAGGAGAAUCUGGGAGUGCUGAAAGAUGCAAUAAAGAAACUUUGUAGAGAUGAUAAUGGGGAGAAACAUAGUUUGAAACUUAGUCUUAAUAUCAUCUUUCAACGAAGCAUAAGAAAUUUAACUUUGUUCUAUGAAGAAUCUAAGGAAAAUUUAAAAGUGGAAGAAAUUAAAGACUUUGGAGAAGCAUAUAGACUCUGUGAGGUGGAAAUUAUAGGUAAUUCAAAACAAGUCAUUCUGGAGAAUUCACUGAAAAAAAGAAGCCAGGGGCAAUCAAAUGAUUCCCAGAAUGAAGCUGACAGCAUGUGUUCAAACAAGCGACAUGAAGUUGGACCACCAACAGUGAGCUCUGAUUCAGAAAAUGUACCAAAUGUUAACUCUGAGUCAGCUACACAUGGAAGAGAAGAGAAAUCACCUUCUCCAGGAGUUCAGCUUCCUUCUAUUAGCAGAUCCUCUGAGGAGAAACAGAAUGAGAAGGCAGAUGAAGGAAUCCAUUUUGAGGAAUCGAGGACAUCCUCUGGGAAAUCAACAAGAAAAGAGAGACCAGCACGUAUGUGUGUAUUUUGUAAAAAAGUUUCGAAUGGUAGAUUAAGGGAGCACAUUAAAAUUCAUAAGAAAACCCACGAAGAAGUAAGAAAAAUUCUACAGCAGCCCUUAGAAACCCAGAACAAAUGGUUUGACCAGAAACGAAUAGAGGGAAUCUACCAGUAUAACCUCAAACAUUACAAAUUGGAAGACGGUCAACUUAUGAGAGAGAGACGGUCAAAAGGACAAAACAGCCUACGUAUGUGUAGUAAAUGUAGAAGAUUUUAUUCCCAUAAAACCUUUUACAAACACAAGUCGCAGUGUGGUGCAAAGUGUAAAGGUCUGAGGAAAGAACUGUUUAAACCCAUUGAUGGUGAUAUCGAUGAAAAGUUUUUAACAGAAAUUUUAAACAAAUUUCGAGAUGGGGAAGUCGGAACUCUAAUAAGACAAAAUAAAAUAAUACAGAUGUUUGGAUACAAGCAUUUCUUGUCACGAAAAGUUGAAUCUGCCAUACCAGAUAAGUUUAGACAAAACAUCAUGACGGAAAUGAGGGAAAUUACCCGACUGUUUCUCUGUUUUAAAUCCUUAAUGACAGGAUCAGAGGUAUCUGUGGAGGACAUGUACAAACAGGAGAAUCUGGGAGUGCUGAAAGAUGCCCUCAAUGAACUUUGUAGAGAUGAUAAUGGGGAGAAACAUGGCAUUAAACUCAAUGUAAAUGCCAUCUUCCAAAGGACCACCAAAAGGCUGGCUGACUUCUAUAAGGAACAUGGGGAAAGUUCCAAAGCGGAGGAAACGACAAAAUUUGGUGAAGAAUACAAGGACUUUGUGUCAGAAACCAUUAACGAGUCCCAACACCAAGUCCAAGCCAAUAUGUGGAAGGAGGAAAGGCAAAAUGCUUCCUCAGCUAAAGUCUCAUUUUCCUGGGGUCGAAAAAACACCGCCAAAAUAAAUGAAGAUUUCAAGUCUUGGAUAAGGAUUGACAAAGGAAAUCCACUACCAAGCAAAUCUGAAUUGGAAGCCUACCUAGACAAGCACUCGGAUAUUGGAUGUACCUUACUGCAACUCCGUACCAAGAUCAUGAACGAGCAAAAUAAACGAAGAAGAUUAUUAUCAGUGUAAAGAUGUCAGAAGAUCUGAAAUCUUAAAAACAAUGACAUUUUUAAACUAGAUUUAAAAUGUGGAAAAGUUAAAAAUCUAGAAUGUUUUGUAUAGAAGCAGGGGAAUCAAUAUUUUGAUUGAAAUCCAUUUUGGGAUUGUAAAACUUCAGUUGUGAUGCUGAUAAUUAGUUGUAUUGUGCAUGUUUUAUGUUAAGGCAUUCAUUAUUGAAAUUACUUUUAAUGAAUUAUCAAGCAAAUAAAGCAGAAUAUGAGUUUUGGAGCAAA